GUUUGGCCAAUCAAACAGCACCAUAUUCUUGGCGCUGCCCUUUCGCAGUCUAGGAAGUUUCACAAAAACAGUUGGUGUGUAAUUUUUGAAGGAUAUCUUUCCUUGAUAUCUCGGCAGUAAUAAGAAGCAGUAUGGCUCGGCGAGUUGCUGUGAUCGGAGGAGGAAGCUCUGGACUGACCUGCAUUAAGUGUUGCUUGGAUGAAGGUCUGGAGCCAGUGUGCUUCGAAAGCAGUGAUGACAUUGGAGGACUCUGGAGGUUUAAGGAGAAUCCUGAGUCUGACAGGGCCAGCAUCUAUCAUUCAGUGAUCAUCAACACCUCAAAGGAAAUGAUGUGUUUCAGCGAUUUCCCCAUUCCAGCCCAUUUCCCAAACUACAUGCACAAUUCUUACAUUAUGGACUACUUUCACAUGUAUGCUGAUCACUUCCAGCUCAGGCGCUAUAUCCGCUUGCAGACGAAAGUACUUAAUGUCAAUCAAAGACCAGAUUUUGCUCAGUCUGGUCAGUGGGACAUUGAGACAGAAGACCAGGAUGGGAAGAGAGAGAAACAUGUGUUUGAUGCUGUGUUUGUCUGCACCGGACACCACUGUCACCCUAAUCUUCCUCUGAAAGAUUUUCCAGGUAUAAACACUUUCAAGGGGAAAUACUUCCACAGUCGUGACUAUAAGACUGCAGAUGAAUGGCGGAACAAGAGAGUGGUUGUGAUUGGAAUUGGUAAUUCAGGAGGCGACAUUGCUGUGGAGCUCAGCAGGGUGACCAAACAGGUUUUCCUGAGCACUCGGAGAGGCUCCUGGAUCCUGAAUCGUGUAGGAACAAAAGGCAUUCCAAUAGAUAUGAUUUUUACCAGGGCAUUUCAAUUGGCCAUGGGUAAUCUGCCCUUUGGGUUCUUAUGCAACAUACGAGAGAAGAGGAUCAAUGAGAGAUUUAACCAUGAAAUGUAUGGGCUGAAGCCGAAACACAGAUUGCUCAGCCAGCACCCUACGGUAAAUGAUGAUCUGCCAAAUCGACUCAUUUCUGGCACCAUCAAGGUGAAGCCAAAUGUGGGUGAAUUCCGUGGCUCCAGUGUCAUCUUUGAGGAUGGGACCAUUGAGGACGACAUUGACCUGGUGGUGUUUGCCACAGGCUACACUUUCUCUUUUCCCUUCCUGCAAAGCCGUGUGGUCUCAGUCACAGAGAACAAGGCACAGCUCUACAAGUAUAUGUUCCCUCCAUGCCUUGAAAAAUCCACUCUGGCCAUCAUUGGCCUCAUCCAACCUUUGGGAGCCAUCAUGCCCAUCUCUGAGAUGCAGGCUCGCUGGGCCACGCGUGUCUUCAAAGGGACUUGUAAGCUUCCAUCAACAAGCAACAUGCUGAAAGACAUUAAAGCGAAGGAAGAUCGUAUGGCAAAGAGGUAUGUAACCUCCCAGAGACAUACCAUCCAGGUAGAUUACCUCCCCUACAUGGAUGAGCUGGCCACACAAAUAGGUGUGCGUCCCAACCUCCUGUGGCUGUUCCUGCGUGAUCCUGUUUUGUGGUUUAGAGUUUUGUUCGGUCCCAUCACACCUUACCAGUUUCGGCUAUUUGGGCCGGGUCAGUGGGCCGGGGCUCGUCAGGCCAUCCUCACCCAGUGGGAGCGUGUAACCCAGCCAUUCAAGACACGCUGUGUCCCUAUGCAGGAGUCACAUCACUCCCAUCUUCCUCUCCUCCUGUCUGUGUCUGCUGCUGCUCUACUGUCGACUGUCUACUUUACCAGGUCCAACAUGCCUAGUUUCCUCCCAGACAUCACGUCCUUCCUGGAGAGGCUACAAUCUUACCUGCCUCUACCUAUGUUGAGGCAGUGAUCACUAAUGCAGUGAUUUAUUUCAAAACAGCUCAUAGAGUGGUUUACAUGCAGAAGGCGUAUAUAUAUUAGUUUUUUUUUUUUUUUUUUUAAACCUUUAUGGGUAGAGAAAGUGAAAUUGUUUUAACAGUUCUAAAGUUUUUUAAAGCCUUAUCAUGGGAUACAUGAUUCUCACUCUAAAUAUCUAAAUCCACACGUUCCACUCGAUUGGAGACUUGUGUCUUUGACUGCAAGUAACAGUUACACAUUAUAAUGGUAGUUUACUGUAUAUGCCUUACCUUCAAUUCUGCAGGUGCUAAUUUUUAAUGUAACAAUACCCUUUUAUAAUUUUUAAUUAUUUUGUAAUUUGCAUAAAAUUAUCUGUCUUGUGAUUUUUUUUUUUUUUUAAUUGAGUUAAUCAUGCAACAUAUUUUCUACUGAAUACCAGAUAAGCUGGCUUUCUCACACGGUUAUGAAUAUCAAUAACACUAUAAAAUAAUCAUUUCAUUUUAAUGAUUGAAUAUAUGUAUUUCAUUUUUUCCAUUUUGUACCACAUUUGAAAUGCUGGUGUUAUAGGAAAAAAGCAUGUUAUGAUUCUGUAUAUUUUCACUAAAUGCUUUACUAAUUGUAUUAGCCAUUGUUGUAGUUUGAUACUUUGAUAUACUGAGCAUAUUAAUUGUUGAAAUUCUGAAUCAAUUGUUGCACAUGAAUACAUGCAGAUAUUUCAGUGGAGCUUGACUAUGAGGCCUGUAAAUCUUCCUUGCAUGUUCACUAUUCUUAUAUCAUUUGCUUGGACUUUUUCCUGGUCGGUUUAAAUUGUGUUUUGGGGAGGUAGACUCAUGUAAACCUGACAUUCUAAAUAAAUUAUUUAAUGGCCCUGAGCAAAAACACUGGUGGUUGUGUU